AUGCCCCCUCGCCAUCGAAUGAUUGGGUACAGAUGCAGCAAUUCUUGGAAGAUUUUCAAGAAAACUUUCAAGAUAACAUGCGACGAACAAUGGCUGAAGCAAUUCAGCAAGGAGUGUAGGAUGGAGUCCAAGCCGCCUGGGCAGCAAACGCAGCUAACGCCGACGCUCCUCGCGCUCAACAGCCUCAACGACAACAACGCCACAACAACAACCCUAUCUUUGAAGAACAAGUCGACGAUGCAUGACGUUUUGGAUAACCCCUUCGGCGAUAACAACCAACAACGUCAACAACACCACCAUCGCCAACAUUGCAACGAUGAUGAUUUUCGUUGGAAUUUGGGUUUAAAGAUAGAUAUCCCUGAGUUCCAUGGAGGAUCAAAACCAGAGGAGCUACUCGAUUGGUUUGUCACGGUCGACGAAGUCAUUGAGUUCAAAGACGUUCCAGAACAAAAACGAGUCCCGCUUGUCACUACGCGUUUUCGAGGGCACACCGCCUCUUGGUGGAGCCAAACUACGUUGUCACGAACUCGUCGUGGAAAGGAGAAAAUCACUUCUUGGGAAAAGCUAAAAAAACAUAUGCGGAAAACGUUUAUUCCGUAUAAUUUUGAACGCUUAUUAUUCCAAAAGUUCCAUAACAUCCGUCAAGGUUCACGCUCCGUGGAAGACUAUUCUAACGAAUUUUAUCUGAUGCUCACACGUGUGGAUAUUCAUGAUUCGGAAGAUCAAUUGGUGGUGCGUUAUAUUGCGGGUUUACGAUCCCAGAUACAGACCAUGCUGCACCAGUUUGAUCCUUGUUCUGUCUCCGAAGCUCGUCAAAGAGCCCUCCUCAUAGAACAACAGUCACGAUCAAACACUAGUCAAUGGACAAACAACUCUCGUCCUCGCACCACAGCGACAAACGAUGACACCAAGACAGCAACACAUCGCGAGACUACUACCCCACGCAACAACAAUCGACCGGCCAACACAACAGCAGCAGAGACAGCAUGUCCUAAGGAACGUCGCGGGUUACUUGCUUCUGAUAAAGAGAUUAUAGGAGAACCAAUUUAUGAUGACGAAGAAGAACAGAUAGAGAAUGUCGAAGAAGAGCAAGUCCCGGGUGAUACCGGAACGUUUCUAAUGCUCCGUCGAAACUGUUUAGCUCCAAAAACCAGUGAAGCCUGGCAGCGUACUUCGCUAUUCAGUUCUACUUGCACGGUGAAAGGGAAAAUAUGUUGUUUUGUGAUCGACUCAGGUUGCUCCGCCAACGUCGUAUCAGAGGAAGCCGCGCGUAAGCUAGCACUCACAGCCGAAGCACACCCGCACCCAUGCCGUCUCUUAUGGAUGCAAACAGGAGCAGAAGUCUAUGUUUCUAAACGCACUCAAGUGCCCCUAUCCAUUGGAUCCUUCUACAAAGAAACAUUAUACUGCGAUAUAGCUCCGAUGGAUGUGUCUCAUAUCAUUCUCGGUCGUCCUUGGCAAUAUGAUUGGGAAGUACUCCACAAUGGCAAACUUAACACACAUUCGUUUAUGUUUCAAGGGCGCAAGAUCACUUUGCUCCCUUCACCCGAGGUUGACAUUACCGCGACUAAGGAUAAUCAACAAAACACGCCAAAACAGAACCUCCUAAUCAUCUCCAAAUCUCAACUUGAGGACGAGCUGCGUGCUGCUUGUCCAAUUUUUGCGUUGAUCGCUGCCGAUGCGAAAAUUGCAACGACUAAUGUCGUCCAGCGCGAAUUUGAAACAAUCAUCACCGACUUCCAUGAUCUAUUUCCAGAGGAUUUACCCGCCGGAUUACCUCGUCUAAGAGACAUACAGCAUCACAUUGACCUUGUCCCGAAUGUCGUCUUACCUAAUCGGGCACAUUAUCGUAUGAGUCUCGAAGAGCACGAAGAGUUACGACGUCAAGUAGAGGAACUAUUACUUAAAGGUUACGUGCGUGAAAGUCUCAGCCCCUGUGCCGUCCCAGCACUAUUAAUCCCAAAGAAGGACAAAAUGUGGCGUAUGUGCGUCGACAGUCGGGUAAUCAAUAAGAUCACAACAUGUUACCGGUUUCCUAUACCUCGUUUAGAUGAUCUGCUAGAUCAGAUAGGAAAAGCCACUAUUUUUACUAAAUUGGAUCUGAAAAGUGGCUAUCAUCAGAUUCGAAUCCGCCCAGGGGAUGAAUGGAAAACAGCUUUCAAGACGCGCGAAGGGUUGUUCGAAUGGCUCGUUAUGCCUUUCGGGUUAUCCAAUCCUCCUAGCACAUCCAUGCGAAUCAUGAAUCAAGCACUGCAACCAUUUAUUGGAAGAUUUGUUGUGGUUUAUUUUGACGACAUUCUCAUAUUUAGCAAUUCUCUUGACGAGCAUCUGCUGCACUUACGGGAUGUCUUACUAGUCCUUCGCCGGGAAAAGCUUUACAUCGCCAAACACAAAUGUGAGUUUGGCGUUUCCGAAGUUUUGUUUCUUGGCUACGUAGUGUCUGCUGCAGGCCUCCGCGUGGACCCUUAG